CCUACACAUUUCUCGUAUUUCGAACGAAGCAGUUCUCGAGGCUCGAACAGGGCACGCCUACUCUAACACGGCAUAGCUAGCGUCGCGGAUUACCAGCACCGUAUCAGCAAAAUUGCCUUCCAUUUCAUUGACUUGAUCAACUGACCACGCCGCAAUCAUGGGAAUUCGUAGUGUAGCCGUCUUGGCUGCUCCGCUCCCCCUAUUCGCCCUCCUACUAGCAACGCUCGCCUCACAAGCAUCAGCGCGAGGCCUUCUACUGCGACCCGACUGGUCAGGAAUUUUCCCCGGUUCGCCGAGACACAUCGCACACCCUUGCGACGACGAGCCGGAAUGGGAGGGCCUGGUGGUUCCGCGAAGGAUGUUACAACUCGCGACGACUUUGGCGACGGAAACUCCCGAGCACAAAGCCGCGCGAAUGGCUGCGAAGAAGGCGAAGAAAGAGGAGCAGGCGAAACGACAUGCCGCUAUGCAAGCCGCUAGGGAGAAGAAAAAGGAAGAGCAGGAGGAGCGGAAGGAAGAGAAAGCCGCAGCGAAAGCUGCGCAAGCGGCAGCGAAGAAAUCAUCGCCACCCAAGUCGCCCAAAUCGCCGAGCAAAUCAACCGCCAAGUCUCCGUCUCCCCCCAAAUCACCGACGAAGCCGUCAACGCCCACUCCUUCCCCAGCAAAACCUGCUACUCCGCCACCUUCGCCGCCCAAAGCCACCACUCCGUCAACGCCGAAGACUCCGUCAACGGGUUCCGUCAACCCUGCUGACGUCUCCGUCAUCGCGAAUCUCGAGGCUGCGGCUUCGCUAACGGCUGACGCGGCCGACCUGCUGACUUCCACCCACAAGUACUACUCGAGUUUAAAGAGCACUGAGCAGGCGCUUCGGAACGCCGUGAUCUUAAUCAACCAGGGGCAGCGCGCGCUGGUGACGACACAGAUUGACAACUCGGAGUCGACACUUAACGGCGUGUCGGUGAUGCUUAACAAAGUGACGUACAAAGACGCGCUGGAUCUGAUUGCUCAAGCGAAAACCAAGGCUAAUGCGGCCAAGACGGAUUUCAAGCCGUGAGACCCCAUGAUUUAUGAGCCAUGCGACGGGGAGGAGCCCUCGAGAAUGUGGUGGACGAAUGAAGUGCAUGUGGUGUGUGGUUGGGAGCGGUGAUGCUAGGUGUAGAUGCUAUCCACUAAUUCUCGUGGAUGAUAGUAGGUGUAGAUUGACCGUUAGGUCAUGUGUCUCUGCUGCGUGAGUAUGCUUUGGCUUUUCUAUUCUGAAUGAACUACGUACGAGCCA